AUGUCUCUCUCUAACAAAUUGUCCGUCACUGAUGUCGACCUCAAGGACAAGAGGGUGCUGAUCCGGGUCGACUUCAAUGUCCCCCUCAACGAGGACAAGAACAUCACAAACAACCAACGAAUCGUCGGAGCGCUUCCAACCAUCAAAUAUGCCAUCGACCACGGCGCCAAAGCCGUCGUGCUCAUGUCCCAUCUCGGCCGGCCGGACGGCAAGCCCAAUCCCAAAUUCAGCCUGAAGCCCGUCGUGCCCGAGCUGGAGAAGCUGCUUGGUGGCCGCUCUGUGAUUUUCACGGAGGACUGCGUCGGCGCGCAGGUCGAGGAGGCGGUUAAUAAGGCCAGCGGCGGGCAGGUGAUUCUGUUGGAGAAUCUGCGGUUUCAUCCGGAGGAGGAGGGCAGCUAUAAGGAUGAGCAGGGCAAGAAGGUUAAGGCGGAUCCGGCGAAGGUGGAGGAGUUCCGGAAAGGGCUGACUGCGUUGGGGGAUAUUUACAUUAAUGACGCCUUCGGCACUGCCCACCGCGCCCACAGCUCCAUGGUGGGCGUCAACCUCCCCCAGCGCGCCGCCGGCUUCCUCGUGAAAAAGGAGCUGGAAUAUUUCGCCAAGGCGCUCGAGAACCCCACGCGGCCCUUCCUCGCCAUCCUCGGCGGCUCCAAGGUCUCAGACAAGAUCCAGCUGAUCGACAACCUGCUCGACAAAGUCAACACGCUGGUCAUCUGCGGCGCCAUGGCGUUCACCUUCAAGAAGGUCCUGCACCACGUCAAGAUCGGCAGCAGCCUGUUCGACGAGCCCGGCAGCAAGCUCGUGCCGGACAUCAUGGCCAAGGCGGAGCGGAACGGCGUCCGCAUCGUCUUCCCCGUCGACCACGUCGUGGCCGACCGCUUCGCGGCGGAUGCGAACGUGCAGUACAAGACGGAUGAGGAGGGGAUUCCGGACGGAUGGUGGGGGUUGGACUUUGGGGCGCAGAGCGUAAAGCUAUUCGAGGCGGCUAUCGGGGAGGCACAGACGAUUCUGUGGAAUGGCCCGCCCGGUGUGUUUGAGUUUGACAAGUUUGCGGGCUCGACAAAGGCGAUGUUGAAUGCGUGUAUUGAGGCAGUCAAGCAGGGGAAGAUCGUCAUUAUUGGCGGUGGGGAUACGGCGACGGUUGCGGCGAAGUAUCAUGCUGAGGAUAAGCUGAGCCAUGUGUCGACUGGUGGGGGGGCUUCGUUGGAGUUGUUGGAGGGCAAGGACUUGCCUGGCGUCAGUGCCCUGUCGAGUAAGUAA